AGGUGGUUGAUGUUAAGAGCUGGAAAUACAAUGUCGUGAUUUUGACAUGUCUAAAUCAUAUGCACUGAAAUUGAGACUUUUGUCCCUACUGUGAUAUGGACUCUGUUAGAUUGUAACAUGCGCCUAUAUAUAUGUACUGUAUCCCAGCAUCCCUAAUCAAUCUAUUAGUUCCACGCAAUCCUAUUACUUUCAGGCUCCAUUGGAUAAUCUUAUUUGUAAUAUCAUGUCAGUGCAAGGAGAAUACAAUCCCUUCACAUGCUUCUUCUCGAGUUUGGCUUGUUUACUUAUCUUAAGCAUCUAUAGACUUUUACCAGAUGUGUGGUGGUUUAAUGAAAUGUUCCAAAUUUGUUAUUAGUUUUAAGGAAAGUUCCAUCGCUUUCCCCCCUCCUGCUCUUUUAACAGUUUUUCCACUCAUUGGCUCCUAGGAAAUGCCAAUUUUUUCUUUGGCUUGCGAUCCAUAAUGACUAAGCCAUAAUGACUGUUGCACAGCGAUCACUCUGCUGAAAGGGGGUUGCCGCAUCCUGAAUGCUGCCACUCUGUGAUAAAGCGACGCAAAUAUUCAGCAUAUUGUGGCAUCAUGUGUCUUUUCCCUGACAGAGGAGAGAUUUCUUUGUUUUGGUUGGGUGUGUGUGUGAGGCCCUUGUAAGGGGUUUCUUUACCCCCCUCUUUCAUCUUCUUAAUAUAAUAUACUGCGUCGUGAAAAAAUUAUGGCAUCAUGUGUCUUCUUAAGACAGGUUUUUCCUCUUAAGGUGGUUUUGCAUAAUGGGCUUGUCGCCAAAACCUGAUGACAUGGUGUACAGUGCUUGGUGGUUGAAGAUUAGUGGCAUGGUUGACAUACCAUUGAAGCCACGACUGAACUCACUGGUUGUUCUAGGAGCUUCAGUAUUUUCUUCUUCUUAAUGCGACGAUACGUGGCUAUCAUGCAUAUUCGGUAUGGCCACCUAUUUCUUGUAGACAUUUCCUAUUUUCAGAAAACUAGGAGGGAGUGGCAAGGAUGAUGGCAAUUGAUCCGUGACCCAGAACAUCACGAUGGGGAUGUCAUGACCAAGGCCAGUAACAGCGGGCUUACAGUUCAUCCUGUUGCGAGAGGAGCAUAUCAGAUUGGCAGUGGCAGACAUCCUGACAGGUCGGGCAGCUGAUGUGGAAGAUACAGAUUAUUGAGGGUGCUAAUGAAUCAUUCAUGAGGCAUAUAUUGUGCAGGUGCGAAGUUAAGACAAGAGAAACUGUGUAGCUUUGUGACUGACAUCAUAAUCACCUUAGAAAGAAACCACCCAUAGCAUUGAGAGCUUACAGCCCUUCUUUACGGAUUCGGAUAGCUUUUGACAAGAAGUCAAAGUCUCAUGAGCGGUAGUAAGUUUUUGUUUCAUUGUCAUAUUUAAUUUAUUUAGAUUCUUCAUAUAUUCUGAGAUUAUGUUUUCCAUUUACAUGUUUCUUCAAUUUUUAAUCUUUUAUUGCAAGGAAAAUGUGAAGAAGCAAAAGUCUCACACCCAGCUAUUUGGAUUCCUCAAGUGCUGUGUUAGGGUGCCCCCUCCCAACCAAAUGGGAGUAAGAUAUCCUUGUAUGUUUCUUGUCCUGCUAUUGCUUCAUGGAGCUAAUGCUGCUUUGAAGGACCCAGUACAGAAAUGGCAGACUCUAAGCGGUGCUCCUCCAUUAGUCAUAGCUCGUGGCGGGUACUCUGGGUUGUUCCCUGAUUCAAGCCACAUUGGGUACCAGUUUGCCCUGGAGAAUAGUCUCCCUGAAGCUGUUCUUUAUUGCGACCUGCUACUUUCUAGCGACAACGUUGGAUUCUGCCAUAGUUGCUUGGCACUUGAUAACUCAACGCUAAUAGCUGAGGUCUUCCCUAAGAAUGGGAAGACAUACAAAGUGAACGGAGAAGAUCGGCAUGGAUGGUUUUCAAUUGACUUCACUUCAAAUCAGCUAAUGCACAAUGUCACAUUGAUCCAGAACGUUCUGUCUCGCCCGAGCAUAUUUGAUGGCACCAUGGGAAUGAGCCUUGUUGAUGAUGUAGUAGGACUCCACCCCCCUCAACUUUGGAUUAAUGUACAGUAUGGCCAGUUCUUCCAAGAUCACAAAUUAAAUAUCGGAGAGUAUAUAUUAUCUAAAGUGAAAGAAUUUGGGUUCAAUUAUGUCUCCUCACCUGAAGUUGGAUUCUUGAAAACCCUUGGUGGGAAGCUCGGGAAAAGCAAUGUGAAGCUCGUUUUACAGUUUCUUGACGAGCAAGUCACUGAACCUUCCACAAAACAAACCUAUGGAGCCAUUCUAAAGGACUUGAAAUCUAUCAAGACUUUUGCCUCAGGAAUUCUCGUCCCCAAGACCUACAUUUGGCCUGUGAACAAGGAUCAUUACUUGCAGCCAGCUACUAAUUUGGUGAAAGAUGCUCAUGCCCUAGGCUUGGAGGUCUAUGCGUUUAAGUUUGCCAAUGAUGACAUCUCAAGUUACAACUACAGCUACGAUCCUAGUGCCGAGUACUUGCAGUUUAUUGAUAAUUCUGACUUCUCUGUUGAUGGUGUCCUCACGGACUUCCCGUCCACAGCUUCAGCAGCCGUAGCCUGUUUAGCACAUACUAAGCACAACCCGCUUCCUCCUCCCGGAAAUGAUACCAGGCCACUGAUCAUCACCCACAAUGGUGCAAGUGGCAUCUUCCCUGGUGGCACUGACCUUGCGUAUCAACAAGCAGUGGAAGACGGCGCAGACAUAAUCGACUGUUCAGUACAGAUGUCAAAGGACGCAGUGCUAUUCUGCCUGGACUCUCCAGAUCUUACAAAAGGCACGACAGCGGCAACAAUGUUCACGACAAAAGUUGCCACUGUGAAUGAAAUACAGAACGGGUCUGGCAUCUUCUCAUUUGAUCUUUCAUGGAGCGAGAUCCAAACUCUAAAGCCUGAUCUCGUUGGCCCGUUCAGUCAAGCCGGACUGAAAAGAAAUCCAGCAGCAAAGAACAGCGGGAAACUCAUGACAUUAGCUGAGUUCCUGGCCUUCUCAAAGAGCAGCAACGUCUCUGGCAUACUAGUUGACAUUCGUAACGCUCCAUACCUUGCAACCAGAGGCAUUGGCAUUGUCGAUGCCAUCUCCAGCGCACUCGUCAAUGCCAGCUACGACAAAGAGACGAGGCAGCAGGUGCUCAUCGCGUCGGACGACACCGCCGUGCUCGGAUCAUUCAACAACUUCCCGGCGUUCAAGCGGGUCCUCCAGAUCGGCAACGUGAUCAGCGACGUGUCCAGGGCGUCCGUGGAGGAAGUGGCCAAGUUUGCGGAUGCCGUGUCGAUCACCCGUGGCUCGGUUGUCCAGGCGCAAGGCUCAUUCCUCGUGCGGUUCACCGACGUGAUCGACAAGAUGCAUGCCGCAAACCUGUCGGUGUACGUCGGCCUGCUCAAGGACGAGUUCAUGAACCUUGGGUUCGACUUCUGGGCUAACCCGAUGGUGGAGAUUGUGACCUACUCGUCGCUGAUGGCUGAUGGGAUUGUGACCGAGUUCCCUGCAACGGCAGCCGAGUACUUCAGGAGCCCAUGCAGUGACUUCAGUAAGAACCUGACCUACACAAUCAUGCCUGCAAAACCGGGGACUUUGAUCAACCUGACGGACCACAGUGCACUGCCACCGGCGCAGGGGCCGGCGCCGGUGCUGGAACCUGCCGACGUCGUGGAUCCUCCGCUGCCGGCGGUAACCGUCGGUGGUCAUGGAGCUGCAUCAUCGUCUUCAAAUGAUUCCAGCACUACGAGCAGCGCCAUGGCGUCCGGCGCCAGCUCUGGCCUUUGCUUGUUGGUGGCUGGACUCGCCGUGCUUUUGGCAGUGUGCUCUCGGUGAUCCUGAGGCCUAGGUGUCGGAAUUGUAAUGUGGGUUUGUUUGGAUAUUUUUACGGACCCAUCAGGGCUGAUUCGUACUGCAAGAUAAUGCACAUGCACUUAAGCAGGUCGACGUCAUAUGCAUGAACGCAGAGAUUAGCUGGAGCUAGACUUUUUUUUUAGACAGAUGCAAACACUCACGCACGGCGGCACACGCACCUUAUCCGAACCUAAAGCCAUGUAGACUUUAGAAAAGAUUUUAACAGCGGAGUUGGAGAUUUAACCAACUCAGUAAUAAGGCGGACAGCUAAGAUAUUCUCAAUUCGUGUUUGGAUGCUGA